AGGGUAUCAAACAGUUUUAAGCUUGUUCAAUUUAUAAAGAUGUUAAAGUUUAUCUCAGAGUUGUAUCCUUGUUCUUUAAGUUCAGUUUAUAAGGAUGCCAAAGUUUAUUUAAGAGGUUUAAACUUGUUGAGGAGAAUCACCUACCAAUGUUCUAAGGCGAUAGUCAUGUAGGUGUCACUAGGAUUAUCACUGUAAAGUGCAGCAGACUUUUGGAAGUAAUUUGAUUUAGAGAUUAGGCAUUGCUUUUAUUUAAGUAAUCAGUUUGAGGUCAGGGGCUGACCGAAACUUGGAAGGCGCCUGUGUAGCGCAAUGCAUUUUAUGGAGGGCGCACUUUAAUUCUUUACUAGUAGCCGGCGGGGUGCGCGUGCACUCACCCAGGUUUAUGGGGGCACCAGCCAAUUGCGCCAGUGUAUAUAAGCGGCCAUGCGCUCAGCUUCGCCCUCUUUCUGCUGUGGCCGGAACCCGUGCGCGGUCUCAGGAAAAGUUGCACUGUUCUAAUCUCCCACAAUUAACCAAUCACCAAUCACCUAUAGUCGCAGCGGAGGGAGCCUCAUACUUUGUGUGAGUGUAGUUAAUUAAUGAUUCCUGCAUUACAAUCCAGAUAAUUAAGUAAUCUCUGAGUUUGUAAGGGAAGUGAUUGAGUAUAAGAUCACGUAGGCGAGGCGCCUGGGUAGGCGAAUAAAAUAAUCUUCCGAAACACAUAUCUGGUGUCAGGUCCCCAUCCUUCCCCAGUCCCCCUAGUUAGUCCGCUUGGGUUGUGUGAGCGAGAGUGCGUGUGAGGGUGAUCCUUUGGUAGUCUGCUGCGGGCCUCGUGGUAAAUCUCCGCCGAAACGGAUCUGCGUACCCGACCGUAGAGGCUAGGCCGUUCGCCGCUACUCGCCGGGGCAGUCGUCCGAGGCAGUACCGCUACAAUACUGUGCUGUGUGAGUAGGGUUGUGUACAGCUGCUGGUAAUUGCUAUGUGAUCAGUGCACCAUCAGCCUGCACAGGAAAACCACAAAGUUCUUGAUCUUACCAGGUGUAAUUGGAGUGACAGCUGCCUGUAAGAGAGAUCGAUGCACGAUCACUGCUUACAUGGUACUGGCCAUCGUGGGAUCCAUGGCAACUGUUGCUAUCAUCACGCUUGCUGCUAUGUCUGCAGGAUUCGACAGGAUGUUUUGCAGGUAUAGUUACAGCCCAGAUAGUGCGACAUGCUUGUCAAGUCAUGAGGCACGUGUUGCUGUUGGUGUCCUUCUCUGUCUGUUGGCAUUUACAGAUGCUGUAGUGGCAAUAGUUGGUGCUGGCAUGAGUUGUGGAGCCUUAUGUUGCAGCACAGGCCACUCUACACCUCAGCCCAAUGUAAUGGUGUGUUAUACUACCGGACCACAAAUGACUGUCCCUCAACAGAGUGCUAUGAGUAACCCUGCAUAUGGAGGCCCACCAAACUAUGAGGAAGCAAUCCAUGAUCCAGUGGUUGGGGCCCAAGGAGGAGCAGAGGCCAAGGAUGUGAUUGAUCAUGAUUAUGUUCAGCCAUAUCCAAUUAAGGUCAAACCAGCUGAUCUGGGAAGUCAAAUUUAAGAUUUUAAUUCAUACCAUUGUUAUCAUAGGUGGGUAGCAGUUCUGUAUGAGAAGUGGCCCAUUUUUCCUCCCACUAUGAAACACACAGCUGGUUUAGUCCAAUUCCUCUUUUUCCCUCAUUGAAGAGACUACUUGGCAACAGAAUCAUGGUGGGUAAACAUUUGUGUGUGUACUUGUUGAUUGUUGGGCUAGGUUAGUUUCUUAAACUGUUCCCAACUUCAAUUGGGAACAGCUUUUGUUUUUGUUAAUAUUCCCCCCCCCCCGUUUUCUUCUUUGUUUUUUUCCCAUUUACACAUUUUUAUUCAGCAAGAAAACGUCAUGGUGGGUAAUAGCUUAGUGGUUAAAUUAACUUUAUUUAAUUCAAUAUAUUUUGAAGAUAACCGCAAAAUUCUGUCAUCGUGUCAUCAUCAGGGAUCAAGUGACAUAUGAGACAGUCUCAUAGUCUCCUAACUAUAAAACUGUAAGACGGAUGGCAUCAAACUGUGUAGGUAUAGACCGGGACGUGUUACAGUUCAAAAACUGGUAUAUGUGGAGGUGUUACCGGAAGUGUAAAUUUGAGCCCAUUAUCAAAUUUCAUGAAUUAUCACUCGAUAGGGUUAAUAUACUAGCUUAAAGCAACAUACAAAGAUGAAAAAAUUGUAUUAUCGUGCAGUUUUUAUUGUUCUUAUGUUAUGAUGUGAUGAAUAUUUAAUAAGGCAAUUUUGUGGCCACCAUAUCGGAACCAUUUGAUGUUAUAACACCUCACCCACAGAUUCUGUGUCUUGAUUGGCCGAGAGCGAGUCACAUGUUACUUUCUAAUUU